UUCGGCAGCUGGUUCUCGAGUAUAAAACAUUAGUUGCUAGCUAGGUUAGCUCAAGUAGCUAGCUCUGCCAUUGACUGGUGAACAAUGCAAAUUCUCUUCGCUUAAGUUUAAUGCGCAUGUUCCAUUGUGGUAGACAGUCUGCUAGCUUUAUUAGAGCUGUCAUUAUUUCCAAGGGCCAUUCGAAUACAUUUAUUAUGUGACAUUACUGGGAUCACAAACGCAUUAAAAUGUUGCACACUUGGCUUGCUGAGAGCUGUCGUCAUCAUGGUCCUAGAGCCGUCCCCCACACUGCAGCCAGUCAACAGCAAUCACCGCGUCUCACAGCUAAUGUAGCCGCGUACCAAAACGUUUCUCGGGGCAGUAUCGACCAGCUUUUAAUGUCCUGAUCCAGCAGAUGUAAAGAUGGCCUCUCCCCAGCCUGGCAGCCCACCUCUUGCGGAGCAGUACACCCCUACUGCGCAGGAAGAAGAGAGCCCACAAGAGGAAGAGCCGGCGAGGGAUCAGCCUGCAAAAAAGCGUGGCAGAGGCAGGCCUCCAAAAGCCAAACCUACCUUCAAAUGCUCUGCAUGCACGGAGGCUUUCAGGAGUCUGUCAGCUCUGCGGAGCCACAAGCUCUCAGAGCAUGCAAAGGACCGUCAGCAGCAACACACAUGCUCUCAGUGUGCUAAAACAUUCUCAAGCAAGGCUCAACUCUCAAAGCAUGAGCGCACUCACUCAGCCCAGCGACCCUUUCAGUGUCCCGACUGUCACAAGGCCUACAAGACACCCACAGAGCUGCGCAACCACAGCCGCUCUCACACUGGGGAGAAACCUUUCGUAUGCACAGAGUGUGGGAAGGCCUUUAUGCAAGCGAUAUGCCUGAGGAUCCAUAUGACGCAGCACAGUGGAGAACGUCCCUACUCUUGCCGUCAGUGCUCUAAGAGCUACCCCACUCUGUCGAAGCUGAAGGUGCACAUGCGCUCUCAUACGGGAGAAAAGCCGUACUUCUGCGCCGAGUGCGGCAAGAGUUUCGCCGACCCGUCAGUGUUCAGAAAACACAGGAGGAACCACCAGGGUCAUCGGCCGUACGCGUGUGAGGAGUGCGGGAAAACGUACACAGAGCUGAAGGACCUGAAAAACCACGAGCGUUCCCACACUGGAGAAAAACCCUACCUGUGCUCGGACUGUGGCAAAGCCUUCUCCCGAUCCUCCUCGCUGGCCUGCCAUCAGCGCAUUCACUCCCAGAACAAGCCCUAUCAGUGCGAGCAGUGUGGCAAGGGCUUCACCCAGCUGUCCUCCUACCAGUCUCAUCUCCGCACUCAUUCUGGCGAGAAGCCGUUCCUCUGCCCACAGUGCGGCAAGAUGUUUUCUGACCCCUCCAGUUUCCGUCGACACCAGCGGGCCCACCUGGGUUUCAAGCCCUACCCCUGUGAUAAGUGUUCCAAAAGGUUCCGGCAGCCAGCUGAUCUGGCAGUGCAUGAGCGCGUUCACUCGGGAGAGCGGCCGUACAAAUGCCAGAGCUGUGACAAGGCCUUUGUCGCAUCCUGGGAUCUGCGGCGCCACAUGCUUGUCCACACAGGUCUCAGGCCCUUCUCUUGCACUGAGUGCGACAAGUCGUUUGCUGAGCGCUCCAGCCUCAACAAGCAUCGCCGCGUGCACUCUGGAGAGAGGCCUUUCAAAUGUGAGGAGUGUUUGAAGUCGUUCGUGGUGUCCUCAAGCCUGCGCAAACAUGAGAGGACUCACCUAGCUGAGCACACUGAGCAGCAGCAGCAGCAGCAGCAGCAGCAGCAGCAGCAGCAGCAGCAACAACAGCAGCAACAACAACAGCAACAACAACAACAACAACAACAGGAGACAGAGGCCGGUUCAGCUUCAGGAUUCACUGCCCACACGACUCUCCCUCAGUUCUCCUGUACACACUGUGAAGCUACAUUCGGAAGCUGGGAUGAAGUUCAAGCACAUGAAAGUCUUCACUCCAUCGACUCCACUCCUCCGACAGUCACCAAAAUAGUGCCGCUGGGCUCGCAUGUUUGUGAAACCUGCCAGGCAGAGUUUACACAGCUGGCAGACUUGCAUGAGCAUGAGAAGCAGCAUCCCAAGCCGAGGCCUCACAUCUGCAACAGCUGCGGCAAAGGCUUCCUCAACAAAUCUGGAUUGCGUAAACACCAGAAGAUCCACUCCACCAGCAAACCGCACAGCUGCCCCCACUGUGGCAAAGCUUUUCUGUUCGCUGCUUACCUUCGCAAGCACUUACGGACUCAUUCAGAGCCACCCUUCGCCACCCAGCUCAGUGACUUAAACAUUAUCCACACCGUCCCGCUUCCCUCUCCUCCACCCCCCAGUGAGGUUCCCCCCUCCACUGUCGAACCCGGCACCAUAUCACUGACCGUCCCAGUGACUGUACCUGUGACUGCAUUUCAGACUCUGCCGGAGUACUUAGUUAAAGAAGAGGGACUUUAAGAGACUCUUUUCAAUACUGUUCUGGAGUUCUGAUUCCUCUAAUACUCUGCCAGUGGCCUUAAAUCUUGUAAGAUGUUGGGUCUGAUUUGACAGAAAUGUUAUUUUAAAAAGAAAAAAACUUGCUUCAAAAAGGCUCCCCUUCAUGUAGAUGUCUUCGCUUUGAUAUUUUCAGGAUGUUACGUAUGAUGUUCAUGUUUUAGAAUAUAUGCCGUACUAUAAGUAGUCAACUCUGAAACCGUCUGUAGUAAUCAAUUCAUUGCAUAAAACGGUUAAGCUGAUCACUUUUAAAUGUCACUUAAAAUGUUGAACAUGUUUUUAUAAUGUGUUUUUAAUUGUCUUAAAUCCUCUGCAUUCUUCAAAUUUUACAUUUUGGUGGAACAAACUAUUUGUAACUGUUUUACUGUGUAUUAUCUAAUUAUUAUAUAAAAUGUUGAGUGAAAAGUCAGUAUUGAUUUUAAAUCAG